GGUGCUGAGGCUUUUUGCAAAGCAAAAAUGUCUGCCUAAGGGAAACUCGUAACUGAUAUAUAGAGGAUAUUUUCCAAUCGAUCGCCGUAUUAACCCGAAUUCCCCCUCUGCGAGGCGCGUCGACAGAGAGCGACUACUUCACCAGAUCACCCUAGUUUGGAUUUUACUCGACAAAACAGGUUUCUAGAUCGUCAGGAUGAAUCCUCAGCAGCGGAUUGCCGCUUUAGGAACUGAUAAGGAACUGAGUGACCUGCUGGAUUUCAGCGCGAUGUUCUCUCCACCUGUAAGCGGAGGGAAAAAUAGACCCACCACACUUGGAAGCAGUCAGUUCAGUACAUCAGGUAUGGAUGAGCGGACCAACCAAGCGUCUUGGGCCCCAGGUGGCGAGUCCAGUCCUUCCUAUGAGUCCUCCAGGGGUUUCGCAGACAGCCCUCAUUACAGUGAUCAUAUGAGCGACAGCCGAUUAGUGUCCAGUGAAGAAUUGUCCCCAACACCUUUUAUGAACUCCAACAUAAUUGGUAAGUAA